AUGUUCCGAACUGCUGACAUUGUGCCUUCUGUUGACUGCGGUUUUUCCCGAUUCAUCGGGUUAACAUCUGAACAGUUCAUGAAGAAUGUGACAAAUGAGCCAGUUUUGGAGUAUAAAAAAGGGAGCGCGGAGAGAAUAGCGUUAGAGAAGGAACUGGAGGCCAUGAGCAAGACAACAACAGACGUACCAAUUAGGAUUGGCAACAGGAAAAUCUUCAAUGAAAACAUCCAUUAUCAAGUUAUGGUGGGUCAAGUCAUCUUAAACUUGAAGGCACAUUUCGCGACUCUGUGA